ACAGGUAUUAUAUAGACACGCGUUCGUAUAGAGGACGGACUGCUAACUAAACAGCUAUUCGUUUUUCACUUCUCCCUCCCCUCUCUCUCUCUCUGUUCGGGAUUAUCGGAUUAAUGGAUUAAUUGCUCAACUUUCCACCGAUGAAGCUAAACCAACAAAAUAUUUACAAUUCGACUGGUGUGUUACUACUGUGGCAAAAUAUUCAAGGCGUGUGAAGUUUUAUUUUUCCAGGUAUAUUAUAUAUAUAAAAAGUUUUUACAUGUAUAUGUAAAAGCUGAGAGGAAAGGGGGAAAAUGCCAUAAAUCGUGCAAAAGCAACAGUUAAUUUUUGCUUUCUGAAGAAGACCAAAAAAUAGAAAGAAAAAAGAGAGAAAGAAAAACCCUACCGGAAAGUCUUUUGUUUUGAUUGGAAUUACAAAGUAUACCGGAACCGCAUGGAUUUGUCUGUGAGAAGAUGAUUUGUGAAAAGAUUCCACCGCGAUUGGCUCUCCGCCGGAGUGUCGAUACAUAAAAAUCAAUAUUUGAAUUGCUGCUUUUUUUUUAAAUUAAAAAUAAUAUAAAUUUUGUGUGUGAAUUUUGGGACCACUGUAUUUAUGAAAGCCCCCACACCUCCUCUAUGGCCGCUUGACGUUGGUUUAACAUGGCCAGGAGGGGAACCCAGCAUUGGUCGCUGCCCACAGUAUGAGGAAAAGUGUCCAGUCGUUUAGCUCUAUAUGCAGGUCGUUGUUGCUGCUGCUCAUUUUACUGUUGUGCUUUGUGAAAGAUUCUCAGGGUUUUCCAGACUUCAAAAUCGACAAUAUCGCCGAUAAACUAAAAGGAGAGCACAGUUUGGAAAAAAGAGCCGUUUUGUGGAAUUUCUGUUCGCAAAAGUUAGUCCAAAUAACCAAACCAGGUUCUAGGGGCGUGAACGCAAGGGGGUCGAGGAAUAGCGAAUUUUCUAACCUCACGAUUAUUUCCAUAGACGGCGGGUUCAUCCGCAUCAGAGGCAUGGCAAACAAGUUAUAUCUGUGCUUCAACAAGAAAGGCAAGCUGCGAACUCGGUUUCAGCCGCCAAAAUCUCUUCCACAUAGUUGCGAUUUUUCUCAAAAUCUGACGGGAGAUGGGUACCAUACGUUUAAACUCCGAGAUAAACCAGAAUGGUCCAUUGGAUUCAAGAAAAGGGGCAAGAAAUUGCCCGGAUUUAUCCGAAAACCAAGUCAGGAACCAUGUCACCACUUUUCGUUAGAUCUGUUAAAUCCUACGCCCAUUACAAUACCCUUUGACUUUAACAAGAAAAAAAAUUACCUUUUUAACAAUAGCGGAAAGUUCAGGAUCAGACAUAAAAAACGCAAAAAAAAAUCGGCGCAGAGAAAAAGAAAGACUAAGAAAGAGCCAAAAGACACGUAAUAGUGUAAAAAGGUGAACAAUCACUUGGUUUUGUUUAGGAUUUCAAAUUUUUGAACUUGGAAUUUUUUCCUUGACGAUGUGGUGUGAACUAUUCUCCCGAUGCACUCCGGGGAACCCACGGACUGGAGGUGAUGCGUAAGCAGCGAUGGAUUCCGAGUGGAAAAUUGGUGAUUCCGCCCCGGAAGUCUGUAAAAUGAGCAUAGCAGUGAAGUAACGUCUUUCUUGACCCACGCGGGUCGCCAUUGUGAUAGAAAGGAGAUCUUGACUUCUUUCAAACAAUUAUUUGAAUGCAAUAUUUAUCUUGUAUAAGUCAUCCAGGUGUAAAUAGACACAUGGGGGUCAGGCUACCUUACUUUAAGCCGUAACUCAAACUGUUCAAUGCAUUAAAAUAUGAUGGACUAUGUUGUGUGAGCGCAUUGAUAUUGAAUACAAAUCAUUGUUGUCUGCUCCGUACUGAAGUGAACGAUCCGUCCCUACGGAGUCCAAAUCACAGGGCUGAUCAAUUCUGAAGGUUUUUUAUUUGGAACGACAAGUUAUAAGAGAUAUGUUUUCGGCAACACGGGUAUACACAGUGUCAGCGCAUGCCCAGCGCAUGUUCGUAUUGACGUCAAUAUGUCCGAGUUUUGUUCAUCUAACAUUCCGGAAGCAAAAUCUAUUUUAUAAUAUUUGAUUGUAAAAAUUUGGCUGAUCUAAAAUAUUUUCGCUAUUGUUGUUGUAAUUAUUUAUUCUGAUCUUUAUCGUCUAAAUUAAUCUGAAAUUUUAAUAGUACAUUGAGAGCCAGUUCGACUGUGUCUUAUUUUCAUUGUAAUUUAUUCUGUAUCGCCAUUUUUUGCAUUUAACAUUUGUACUUCAAUAACUGGUAGCUUAAAGAUUGUUGGAAAUCCAUCGUAAAUAGUUGAAUAUUGUAAUAGUCAUGUGAUAUGGCCAGUAAGUUGAAGAUGAGAACGAUUUGCGACAGGGGCAUUGCUGUGAGGUCAAACAUUCCGAUACGCUUUAAAACUUAAUAGGAAGAUAUCUGGGUCGUCAUCAAAAGCACUAGAAUCGUUUUCGAAUUGUCUUUUUCGUUUUCUAGAAGCAUGAUAUUAAUAGAAAUUCAUUUUUUACCAUCACUGAAAUCCUUUAGCCAUGUUUUGCACGUAAACAAAGAAGAACUUCAAGAAUUAUUAGACAAGGAGUAAGUGCGAAAAAAGAUGUUCUUCCGGGUAUUUGGAAAAGAAAAAAAGUUUUGUCACUUCCACAUGACUUCACUUGUUUAAAAGUAAUCACCUUUGUUACUAUUUAUAGAUGUCCAAAAAAUAUCGAUGGUGCCUAUAUGUAUUGAUAUACAAUGUUUUGUUUUGUUUUCAUGGUUACUGUUUGUAAAAGAUAUGUAAUUGUUACCAAAGAAUAUUUAUUACAUUUUGUAUAUAUCUAUGUUAAAAUUGUCCCAUAAACUUCGUACCUAAUGCACAUAGUGCAGUAGAUACAAUUAAAAUUGAACUAUCCAACAUUA